AAAGCUUAUCUGUCCGAAGUCUGCGUGCACUCGUUGGUCGAGCGGAGUUGUCCAUCUAUUUCUAGCAUUUCUCCGUCAAGGAGUAUUGAGGUGAUGCUUCACCGUGACCGUAUUCACCGUCCACCGUAUUCAGAGGCAGAAGAGGACCAGCAGUGAGAACUUUGUGUCUCUUUUCAUUGUCUUUCCAGGAGUAUAUUUCUCUCUUUUUUUUCCCCAACCUUCGGCUUGUAGAAGAACAAGACGCUCUGUUGCGUCCUCUAGUAAUGUCGGACCGUUUUUAGAAAACAAAUUCGUUGACUUUUCAGUCUCCAUGCGGGAGAAGAAACAUCCAGGAGUGCUUUUUUGCUACUUUUUGUUCCAGUAAGGAUUGUGAGCUGUCGUGUUUCAGCACAGGAAUGUCUCGUUUUUAGCUCCAUGUAAAUCCUUUUUGCCGUCCGGCUCUUCGCUCAGCGGACUCUGCUGCUGCUGCUACUGGAUAUACGAGGACUUUCUGUGCCGUAAUUUGGUGUAAAUGGAUCGCCAGUCCAGUUUCAUUUCCAUUUGGCUGCAACUGGAACUCUGUGCCAUGGCUGUUCUUCUGACUAAAGGAGAAAUAAGGUGUUACUGUGAUGCACCGCACUGCGUAGCCACAGGGUACAUGUGCAAAUCAGAACUGAACGCCUGCUUCACCAAGGUCCUGGACCCGCUCAAUGCGAACUCCCCCCUCACCCAUGGGUGUUUAGACCCCGUCGCCAAUGCCGCGGACAUCUGCAGCAGCUCGAGGAGUGCGGACACCCUCAGCGGGGCCUCGGUCUCGUCGCUGGAGUGCUGCCACGAUGACAUGUGCAACUACAGAGGCCUGCACGACCUGGCGCACACCAGGGACUCAACAGAUCAUAGCCGGUACCAGCCGGACAGCAGCAACAGGAACCUGGUGACCAGGGUUCAGGAACUGGCCUCAGCCAAGGAGGUGUGGUUCCGAGCGGCAGUGAUCGCAGUCCCCAUCGCCGGCGGUCUCAUCCUGGUGCUGCUUAUCAUGCUGGCCUUGCGAAUGCUGCGGAGCGAGAACAAGCGGCUGCAGGACCAGCGACAACAGAUGCUGUCGAGGCUCCACUACAGCUUCCACGGCCACCACACCAAGAAGGGCCACGUGGCCAAGCUAGACCUGGAAUGCAUGGUGCCUGUCACGGGCCACGAGAACUGCUGUCUGACGUGCGACAAGAUGAGGCAGGCCGACUUGGGCAACGAUAAGAUCCUGUCUCUGGUGCACUGGGGGAUGUACAGCGGCCACGGCAAGCUGGAGUUUGUAUGAUUCCUACGGGAACAACGGGACCGUCACCCUCCCUCUAUCAGCCAGGACUGCCUCUCAAAUGGUGGCUUUUGCUUUUCUACUUUUGAAGACAUUCCCAUGUUUUUCAUCCAUUGGACUUUUGGGUUUGAGUUUUCAUUUUUUUUUCUUUUUAAACCAGUGGCAAAAAAAAAAAAUAUGAGACUGCCGUGUGGUUUUUUGCUAGAGGAGCACUUUACUUGAAAAUGAAAGGCAAAGCGACGAGGAGCUCUAUUUAAACUUGAGAGGGCAGGACGAAGGUGGAGUGAGAGUUCUGUCACUGCUCCUGAGGAUCCUGGACUUUUACACUGAGCGCUGAAGGAUUCCAAAUCUGUCUUAUUUGCACAUUUGUAAAGAAAAAAAAAAGAAAGAAAGAAAGAAAAAAAUUGUUGUUGCUCAAAACAAGAAUUUUACACUGACACCAGGGUACAAAAAAGGACUUGUUUGAGGAGUAAAAAAAAUUCAGUGUUUGACUGUAAGUGUGCACACUCCUCUGUGUAUGUUUCAUGAUUCGAGCUUAUUGUAAAAAUUUAAAAUAUAUAUAUAUUUUUUGUCUGAUAAAACUGACUGGUGUGUCUCUUGUUCUGGGUGAAUGUCCAACAUCUCUCUGUGAUCAGACUAUAAGCUUGAUUGUGAGUGUGAAAGAAAAAACUUCCAUUAAAAUGUCUUUUUAUUUA